AUGUUUCACCAGCGUUUAAAAGAAGGACUUCCACAAUUGGUCAAAAACAGGGAGGUGCUAGCUAUCUUCAACACCCAGGCUCAGGCGGAAGAAGAGAAGCUGAAAAAUGACCUGCUAGCCAUCAGACCUGUGAGCCCCACAAACUAUUGUGCAAGAUUUGGCAGUUAUCAAACAUUGGGCACAUUGAGAAGGAAGACUUUCUUUACGGGUUGUGUGUCUUAUUGGAAUGGUACAGGGAGUAUAGUUAUUCCCACCGCCAUGGCUCUUGUUCUAGAAAAGAAAUGCUUCAUAUGGGAAUUGCCCCCAGAGACUUUCGAUCUGGAAUCAUGUACGUAUAAAGGAAUUCCCUUGGCAAAGGUCAUUGAAAACGUCACUCAGGUUGAAGACAGGAGAUUAGUACCUACCAAUGUUGAAAUCUGUCCAAGAGUGUCAUACUCAGUGCACAUGGCGCAUAAACUAGCCGCAUGGAUUAUUCACAUACGAGGAGAACAAUUUGUAACAUCUCUGGAGAAUAGUGCAAUCGGUGAAAGCGUCUCCGAUAGCUUCCUCAACCUAACAGAGUUCCGCGGUAUGAUGAUCGACACACUCAUCCCAUGUUUAGUCUUUUAUCUCAUGAUUUAUGAUAAAGAAUUCUUUUCGAAGAGAGUCACACAUUUUGAUUCCAUAUACGCCCCUAAGAAGACCGCUUAUGAUGUGCUGCUUGACACAAUAAUGUCCCGUGGCAAGGCAGGGGACCUUUACGCUUUUGCGGGUUGUCCGGGCUUCUGGACACGAGAGGGAUCUCAGGACAGCAUUAUACCUCUCUUUGAUAAAAUAUCGAUAUGCAACACCCAAGCAGGAGACGGAGAACCCAUUGAGGGACCACGGUGUGUUCAUGGCCCGGAAGCGUGGCUAGAGGGAUUGAGACAGAAAGGAUGGACACUUGCUACCAUACUCAUCGUCCUGCUUGCCGCUCACAGAUGCGACACAACAGCAUCCCUACUAGGUCAAGGUGACAACCAGGUGAUCGUGCUUAGAAUUCCUUCUCAACGAUAUGUUCAAGAGCGAAAGUUAACACCAGACGAGUAUACUAAACAGUUUCUCAGAGUGCUUGAGGACAUCUGCACGGCGUCCGGGAUAGUGAUCAAGGUACCUGAAUCAUGGAGGUUCAGGAGGUUAUUGGAGUACGGCCGACGCUACUAUUUGGAUGGUGUUCAAGUAAGUGGGGCAUUGAAAAAGGCGUCAAGAUUUACAAGCGAGGCCAACCAAACAAUACAUACCACGAAUGCACUCAUCGCUGGUUUAUUCUCCAGUGGCACCUCAGUUGAGGGAGAUGACGAAACACCACUUCCUGCUUAUAUGAUGACGGUGUUCGAGGCUGCACGGGUCCUAUGGAAGAGGCACGCUGAGCAUUAA